CUUGGAGUGUCCCACUGGCGCUUCUGGCAGUGCCGUUUUUGCUCUGAGCCAAGGUUGUAGUUUUGCUAAGGAUUCAAAGACGAGAGAGAGAGAGAGAGAGAGCGUCAAAAUCAAUGGCCGCAAGUAGCCUAGGAGGGCUUUCUUCUAUCAAUUUGUCUAACUGCUACUUGGAUUCCACUAAAACCAAAUGCGGUAGACUAGAAGCAUCGUAUGGGAUGAGAAGAGCUUGGAUAAGGCAGAAAGCAGUACGGUUUGCAGGUUUACUGCAAUUGCGGAGAUCUGCAGAUUCAUUAACUGUAAGCUGCGGUCCAUCUUCUGAAACAGCUGUGAAAAAUUUAGGGGAUGAUUUGGAAGAAAAGAAAUCCAUCAGUUCAACGGGUCAUGUCAUUCCAAAUUCAUUACAGGUGGAAUCUUUGCUCACACAAAUCUGUGAUACAUCUACUAUAGCAGAGUUCGAACUAAAACUUGGUGGCUUUCGGCUAUAUGUCACAAGGGAUUUGAAGGGGAAAAGUGAACCGCUACUUCCUCCCAGUCCCCCUCCAAUCAAUACAAAUGUUGCUGUUGAGACUCCUGAUUUGAACGGAUCAGUCACUACCCCGUCCUUAGCACUCUCUAAGCCAAAACCUUCUAUAGGCGGAAUCCAGAGGUUGCUUGAGACAGCUACAGAUGAAGGGUUGGUGAUACUUCAGUCCCCAAAGGUGGGCUAUUUUAGAAGAUCUCGGACUAUAAAAGGGAAGCGGGCACCUCCACCAUGUAAAGAGAAGCAAGCAGUGAAGGAAGGACAAGUACUUUGUUACAUUGAACAGCUUGGCGGCGAGAUUCCGAUUGAGUCAGAUGUAUCAGGGGAGGUAAUCAAGAUAUUAAGAGAUGAUGGCGAACCUGUCGGGUAUGGAGAUGCUCUUAUUGCCAUACUGCCAUCUUUCCCGGGGAUUAAGAAGCUUCAGUAGAUUGUUUGAUUUAUCAAUUCUUUAAUUAUAUCCAUUUCAUUCUAGUAAAUGUUUUGUUUUGUUUU